GGAGUGCUCAGGGUGACGUUACAGGAAGUGAAGCUCGGACUUCUUCCGGUAGUGCGUAAGCCCGAGCGGAGCAGAGACCCAGCGGAGCCUGAAUCCCGAUAAGACAAGAUGGCUGGGCUGCCCCGCAGGAUUAUCAAGGAAACCCAGCGCUUGCUGGCAGAACCGGUUCCUGGAAUAAAGGCAGAACCAGAUGAGAGCAAUGCACGUUAUUUUCAUGUGGUCAUUGCAGGUCCACAGGAUUCCCCCUUUGAGGGUGGGACAUUUAAACUUGAACUAUUCCUACCGGAAGAAUACCCUAUGGCAGCGCCGAAAGUACGUUUCAUGACCAAAAUUUAUCAUCCUAACGUAGACAAAUUGGGAAGAAUAUGUUUAGAUAUUUUGAAAGACAAAUGGUCUCCAGCUUUGCAGAUUCGUACAGUUCUGCUAUCAAUCCAGGCUUUGUUAAGCGCUCCCAACCCAGAUGAUCCACUAGCAAAUGAUGUAGCUGAGCAGUGGAAGACCAAUGAAGCCCAAGCCAUAGAAACAGCCAGAGCAUGGACUAGGCUAUAUGCCAUGAAUAAUAUUUAAAAUGUGCUCUGAAACAGUGUGCAUCAUUUUUCUUGUUCUGCCAAGACCUCUUCCUUUUUUGUUUGCAUUUAAUGGACACAGUCUUAGAAAACAUUACAGAAUAAAAACCCAGACAUCAGUUCUUUGGUGAUUUAAAUGCGCACUAGCAAAUCUGUGUCUUGUCCUAAUUCACUCCUGUUCCGCAUGAGCAGAGGCUAGAAAUAUCAUCAGGAUUGUUGUGAAAAUUGUUUAAAAGCAGUAGCACAUCUCUGCUUUUAAUAAGUUUCCCCCCUCCCUGCCCCCCAUCAUGAUUUAAGUGUAAACACUGUGAAUGAAAGUAGUCGGGGUUAGCUGCAGGGAUUUUUGUUCUAAUUGUGUGGGCCCUCUCUCCCCUUUUUUAUGGUGAUGCUAAUUGCAUUGGUUAAAGCAGCUAACCAGUUAUACUCUAGAAUUUGCCCUCUAGCCAAGUCUAACUUAAACGCUGUAGAUGGACAAGCUUGGUUGUUUGAACAAAAAUGGGAUCAUUAAACAUCUAUCACUAUCACUAAUAAUAUUGUGAUUCUGCUGUCAAGUGUAAAAACCCUCCCUUCAAGGAAAAGCUUGUGACCAUUUUGUAUGGCUUGUCUGGAAAAUCUUCUGUAAAUCUUCUGUUUUAGUAAAAUAUUUUGUUAUUCUA